AUGCCGCGAUAUGACCUCUUUGCGCGUCUUCCACUGCUGUCAUACGUAGAUCGCAUCCAUAUACGCUAUAAACCAGGUUUACGCAAUAGUGAAACGUGUAGACAACUGUUACUAUCUCUACUUCGUGCUGAAACGGCACGAAAAUACCCCAGUCUGUCGUAUACUUACGAGCUUCUCAGUUAUGACGAACGACCCGAGAUAACUAUUACAUUGGCUUCUAAAGUAUCGCAUAGGUUCUACGCAGACGAAUGCUCUCUAGAGGACAUUCAACGUGCCAUAGAUUGUGAUCAAUAUAAAGCACAUUUAACCUAUCUUCGGGAUCGUUCUCUGGAGGUACCUAGGGAAGAAGCAGAUUGA